AUGCCUUCGAAAAGGAAGAAAAUUAAAGACUCUAUCAUUCCUCCUCUAGACUUUGUUGGCUCACUGCCUUCUGAAAAGAUUCCUAUUAACGAUGAAUAUAUUCCCUGUACAGCGAAUUACCCAAGAGUCCGAACUAUUGCCUCAGAGAAUCAGCCUCCUUGGAUUAGGCCUCAUUUUGAUUACUCCGGUUUCGUCAAACAACCUUCUCAAUCUGUCCGUGCUUUCAAAGAUGAUAUUCCUCCACCACGAAAGAGGAAAAGCAAAAGUAUAAUCGGUCCUUUGAAUUUUUCCUCUGACGGCACUCCUACUAAAGUGAAAAGUUUUAGGACCUUUAAGACUCAAGGAAACUGUCCACUUUUCCCUCUGGUCACUCCAGAUCCGAUUCGACGAGACGCAAAAAUUUUGGUCCCAGAAUCUCCAGAACGUUAG